AUGCAGUCUCCUGGAAAAUCUCUGAAGGAAGCUCUGCUCUGCGCUCAGGCUGAGGAGCGACUCACUGUUGGAGUCUAUGAAAGCGCUAAGAUCAUGACUGAUGAUCCUGACAGCGUGUCUUUCUGCGUACUGGCCACUGGUCAUGAGUUUGAUAUCGCUCUGCAGAUCCACUUCACCCUCAUCCAGUCCUUCUGCUUUGACAACGACAUCAGCAUCGUCAGAGUGAGCGACAUGCAGCGUCUGGCUGAGAUCGUUGGAGACAAAGCGGAGCAGCUUGAAGAUGCCCACUGCGUCCUCAUCACGAACCCAGCUGAAGGUUCUUGGGAGGACCCUGCUCUGGCGAAGCUGCACCUGUUCUGUGAGGAGAGCCGCAGUCUCAACGACUGGGUUCCUGAGAUCAGCCUCCCCGGGCGCUGAUCCGAGCCUCGGCUCCUCUUUAUGCUCAGAUGCUGUUAAAGCUUCUCAUCUAGGAAUACUCAUCCUGACGGAUGACCCUGUUUCUGCUCAUCCCUGGAUACUCCUGAGGAGGAUUUCUGUCCAGGCAGCACGGCGCCGGCCCAAGGUGGCCCCCCGUGAACCGUCGCCUCUUGUCCCGUCCAUGCCAAGAUGACUCUCCUUCUUUAUGUGAAUGAGAGUCCGGUAUGCCACAAGAGCGACGCAUCGACCCUCAUUCUUUGUGCGGAUGAGGUUUGGAGAGGGAGGAGAUGCGAGUUAUGCUUCCUGUGGGUUCCACAGAGCAAACGUCGCACGUUGAAAAGCACGCGCAGCAGGAGAAGAAGCGGUGCUGAGGAAGAGGCGUUCUAAAAAAGAGACUUUUUGAAGAGCACCUCUUCGCUGAGCAACAUGACAACAGUUGCAAUCAGCGGAUAUGUUUCCCACUUUCCAGAAUUGUCUUAAUUCUCUAAAGGUUUCACUUUAGAAAUUUAAC